AUGGCUUCCGAAAAUUCAAGCUUAACAUCUAAAUUUUUUAGGAAUUUUCUUGAUACAACUGCAAAAUUUAAUAGUCGAGGUGAUAAAGCAUUGGAAGAAAUUAAGAGAUAUGAAGAUUUUACGACAAUUGAUUGGGUUCAAGAUGCUAUAUACGAACGAUCGAGAAUGAAUGCAUUACGAAGUGCUGCAAUAGAAAAUAGAUUUUCAUGGAACACGUGGUUUCGUCUUUCUUACGAGUCAAGUCAAGCAUGGAUCGUCGUGUCGAUAGUUGGUGCAAUUAUUGGUCUCAAUGCUGCAUUGACUGAUACUAUCACAGAAUGGCUUUCAGAUAUAAAAUUUGGCUAUUGCAAGAAUUCUUGGUGGUUAAAUCAAAAGUUUUGUUGUUGGGAAGUUGAGAAGCCAGCUCCAUAUGGGGCCGGUUCUGGUAUUUCUGAAAUAAAAUGUAUUUUAGCUGGGUUUAUCAUGAAAGGAUUUUUGGGUGGUCGUACCUUACUGCUUAAAAGUGUGAGCGUG